GGCAAUGGGCUCCCAGGCGCAAGCAGCGUCCCGGUGCCGCGAGCCAGGCCCCGCCUUCGGCAGGGUGUCCCCGGAGGUCAUCGAGGAGGCGCUGAUCCGCCUGGCCACGGAGAACGAGCGGCACCUGAGCGAGCUGCCCGAGGGGGCCGGGUGCUUCAAGGAGGCGCGGAUCGUGGAGUUCAUCUUCCUCUUGGCUGAAAAGUGGCGCCUGGACCCGUCGGCGCGGUACCAGGCAGUGGAGUUACUUGAGAGGUUUAUGAUCAAGCAGGUGGAACAAAUCUCUAAGUCCUCUAGGAAGAGCGUUAAACACUGUGAGCAGGGGGGAGGCAGCAGCUGCAGCUCUCUGGAAGAUCAGCUCUACAACACGUUUGUCCUGCGGCUCGUGUCAUGCAUUCAGCUCGCGAGCAAACUGUCCCUGCACUAUAACAGAGUUAACAGCGACGUAGCUUUAAAAUUUCUGCAGUCUCUGAAGUACUCGUACACGAAACAGGAGCUGCUCGAGUCAGAACUUGCUGUUCUAAAAACUCUGCACUUCCAGGUCAACGUCUCGACUCCUUUGGCUUACGUGGAGUUGCUCCUGGAGGUUCUGGGGUACAACGGCUGCUUGCUUCCCACCAAGCCCUUACAUGAGAUGUGUAUUCAGCUCCUCGACUUCUCCUACCUUGCACGAGAUGCCAUCUACGACACUCUGUUGAAGAUUGCCGUCGAAAACUCCACACCAAGCAGACUGCAAGUAGCAAAGUUUUUGACAGUGAAGGAAGAUUUCAUGCUCUUGGCUGUAGGAACCAUCAGCACAAGCAUGUUCGUACUAAACCCUGGCCAUUGGAAGCAGGUUGUGGAGCAUUUGAACUGUAUCACUGGCAUCACUUCCCAGAGCAUACAAGAUUUUUCUUACGCAGUACUGAAACAGGUCAUUGGCAGCACCAGUCCGAGGCAGGGCUACAGGAGGUGUGGAACAAAAGCUCUGGAACACAGAACUGGGCCUCCUCAGUAGAGCUGCCUGCCCCAGGGCAGCAAAGCACUGCCACUGCCCAGAGCACCCCAUGCAAUUUGGUUUGCUUUUGUUUGGAACACCAGGGUUAAGUUAGAAAAGCUCCUUUCAGGCAACACCCCAGUGCUGUGAGGGGAGGCGCCAGGAGCCAAGUAGAAAUAACCUCUUUGGGCAGAAAAGUCUUUAUUGUAAGACCUACAUCAGCUUAGUUCCGAACAGAAGUUCCCUUGAACAAGGAGCAAGCCCUGAGGAGUCACGUUCUGAAACGGCAGUGAGGCGCGUGGUGUGGUAAGGGCACUAGGAGCAGCUCACAACCCC